ACGCUCCUGCUCGGCCCGCCGGCGUCCGGCAAGACGACGCUCCUGCUGGCACUGGCCGGCAAGCUGGACCCCGGUCUUAAGGUGAGCGGGGAGAUGACCUACAACGGGUACGGGCUGGACGAGUUCGUGCCGCAGAAGACGGCGGCGUACAUCAGCCAGAACGACGUCCACGACGGCGAGAUGACCGUCAAGGAGGUCCUCGACUUCUCCGCGAGGUGCCAGGGUGUCGGCCAGAGAUACGAGCUGCUCAAGGAGCUCGCGAAGAAGGAGAGGCAGCAGGGGAUAUAUCCCGACCCGGAGGUCGACCUGUUCAUGAAGGCCACUUCAGUUCAUGGAGCCACUCUGCAGACGGACUACAUUCUCAGGAUCCUCGGGCUGGACAUGUGCGCGGACGUCAUCGUCGGCAACGAGCUGAUGCGCGGCAUCUCCGGCGGCCAGAAGAAGCGCCUCACCACAGGGGAGAUGCUGGUCGGCCCGACCAAGGUGCUGUUCAUGGACGAGAUCUCCACGGGCCUCGACAGCUCCACCACCUUCCAGAUCGUCAAGUGCAUCCAGCAGAUCGUCCACCUGGGCGAGGCCACCGUCCUGGUGUCGCUGCUCCAGCCCGCGCCGGAGGUCUUCGAGCUCUUCGACGACGUCAUGCUGCUGUCCGAGGGUCAAAUCGUCUACCAGGGGCCCCGGGAGUACGUGCUCGAGUUCUUCGAGCGGUGUGGGUUCCGCUGCCCGGAGAGGAAAGGCGUCGCUGAUUUCUUGCAGGAGGUUACAUCAAAGAAAGAUCAGGAACAGUACUGGAUACAGAACGAAAAACCAUAUCACUAUGUAUCAGUGCCUGACUUUGUGGCUAAGUUCAAGAAGUUUCAUAUGGGGAAGAGCCUCAAAAAGCAACUUUCAGUUCCUUUCCACAAGAGAAAAAUACACAAAUCCGCUUUGGUCUUCUCUGAGCAGUCUGUUCCUACUUUGGAGCUUCUCAAGACCUCAUGGUCCAAGGAAUGGCUUCUUAUGAAGAGAAACUCAUUUGUCUAUGUUUUUAAAAUAGUUCAGGGAAUCCUGAUUGCCUUAGUAGCAUCAACAGUUUUCCUGCGAACACAAAUGCAUACAAGAAAUGAGGAAGACGGACAACUUUACAUAGGAGCACUUGUUUAUGUCAUGAUAGUUAACAUGUUCAAUGGUUUUGCUGAGUCAUCUCUUAUUUUGGCAAGGCUCGCUGUUCUUUACAAACACAGGGACUUCUUGUUCCAUCGACCAUGGACUUUUACACUUCCGAAUGUUCUAUUGAGAGUCCCUGCCUCCCUGUUUGAGUCGAUAGUUUGGGCAGCUAUAACUUAUUACACCAUCGGUUUUGCCCCUGAAGCCAGCAGGUUCUUCAAACAUUUGAUUGCCGUCUUCUUUAUCCAGCAGAUGUCUGCAGCACUCUUCAGAUUCGUCUCUGGCAUGUGCAGAACAGUGGUCAUAACUAAUACAGUAGGAUCACUUGCAGUCCUUUUCAUGUUUGUACUAGGAGGAUUCAUUCUACCGAAAGAUGUAAUUUCAAAAUGGUUGAUAUGGGGUUAUUAUUGUUCACCUCUAACAUAUGGAUACAUUGCUCUUGCCGCUAAUGAGAUGCAUUCUCCAAGGUGGAUGGACAAAUUUACACCUGAUGGUAGGAGAUUGGGAGUGGCAGUUCUUGAAAACGCAGGUAUCUUCACCAAUAAGGAAUGGUACUGGAUUGCAACGGGUGCACUUCUAGGGUUCACUGUUCUGUUCAAUGUGUUAUUCACACUGUCACUUAUGUACCUAAAUCCUGUCGGAAAACCACAGGCAAUCUUGCCUGAAGAAACUGAUACAACUUUAAGUCUAGAGAGCACUCAGGAAGGAAAGAAGAUGUCAGAUAUAACACAGAGAACUAAAGUCCCAACACCAGAACCUUUAUCCCCAAACUCAAUGAUCACAUUGGAUAAAGUGCUUGAACGAUUACGUGGCCAAUCCUCUAAUACUUCUGAUAGAUCACACAUAAAUGCUUCUGUCAGAACUGCUCCAGGAAGAGGGAUGAUUCUUCCAUUCGAACCCCUCUCCAUGUCCUUCAGUGACAUAAAUUACUAUGUUGACAUGCCUGCAGAGAUGAAGAGUCAAGGAGUAGCUGCUGAUAAGCUUCAGCUACUGUCAGGGAUAUCUGGGGCUUUUCGACCUGGUGUUCUUACUGCCCUUAUGGGUGUGAGUGGGUCUGGAAAGACUACUCUCAUGGAUGUUCUGUCUGGAAGGAAAACUGGCGGAUAUAUUGAAGGAGAAAUCUAUAUAUCUGGUUACCCUAAGAACCAAGCAACAUUUGCAAGAAUAUCAGGUUACUGUGAGCAAAAUGACAUCCACUCUCCACAGAUCACUGUAAGGGAGUCCCUACUCUUUUCUGCUUUCAUGCGUCUUCCUAAGGAGGUCACCAAUCAAGAAAAGAAGAUAUUCGUGGAUGAAGUUAUGGAACUGGUUGAGCUUAAUGGUCUCAAGGAUGCUAUUGUGGGUCUCCCUGGUGUGAACGGGCUCUCAACAGAACAAAGAAAGAGAUUGACGAUUGCCGUAGAGCUUGUGGCAAACCCCUCAAUUAUUUUCAUGGAUGAACCUACUUCAGGUCUUGAUGCAAGGGCUGCUGCAAUUGUUAUGAGAACUGUUCGGAACACUGUAAAUACUGGAAGAACCGUUGUCUGCACUAUCCAUCAACCAAGUAUUGACAUUUUUGAAGCUUUCGACGAGCUGCUUUUAAUGAAAAGAGGAGGCCAGAUCAUAUUCUCUGGGCCAUUGGGUAGGAACUCACACAAAGUUGUUGAAUACUUUGAGGCAAUUCAUGGAGUCCCAAAGAUCAAAGAGGGGUGCAACCCUGCUACAUGGAUGCUGGAUGUAAGCUCAACUGCUACAGAGGUUCAGUUGAAGAUUGAUUUUGCGGAACAUUACAAGUCAUCAGUUGUGUAUCAGCGGACCAAAGCGUUAGUCAAAGAGCUGAGCAAGCCGCCUCCUGGUUCUAGUGACCUCUACUUCCCCACUCAAUACUCGCGGAACGCCUUUGAUCAGUUCAAAUUCUGCCUCUGGAAGCAAUGGUUGACUUACUGGAGAAGCCCUGACUACAACCUUGUCAGAAUGGUCUUUGCAUUAUUUACUGCCUUAUUGCUGGGGAUUAUAUUUUGGAGGGUUGGUCGUAAGAUGAAGAGUUCAACAGAUCUUCUGAUCAUCAUCGGAUCAAUGUAUUUUGCUGUUGCGUUUGUUGGUUUUGAAAAUUGUAUAACUGCUCAAUCUGUUAUUGCUGUGGAAAGGACUGUCUUUUACAGAGAGCGUGCAGCCGGAAUGUACUCAGCUAUACCCUUUGCUCUCUCACAGGUUGUUGUGGAGAUACCAUAUGUGUUCGUCGAGACUGUCAUCUACACUCUUAUUGUGUACUCAAUGAUGUCUUUCCAGUGGACACCAGCAAAAUUCUUCUGGUUCUUCUACAUUUCAUUCCUUACCUUCCUCUAUUUCACAUACUAUGGUAUGAUGAGUGUUGCCAUAACACCGAACCCUCAGGUUGCUUCCAUAUUUGCUGCUGCCUUCUACUCUCUCUUUAAUCUCUUCUCAGGAUUCAUCAUUCCAAGAUCGAAAAUCCCGAAAUGGUGGAUCUGGUACUAUUGGAUUUGUCCAGUGGCAUGGACGGUUUAUGGUCUGAUUGUGUCACAAUAUGGUGAUGUGGAGGAUUUUAUCAAGGUGCCUGGCCAGCCCGAUAAGCAAGUCAAGGCUUUCAUCAAGGACUUCUUCGGCUAUGACCCAGACUUCAUUGGUGUAGUAGCGGCAGUGCUGGCUGGCUUUACUCUUCUCUUCGCUUUUACAUAUGUUUACUGCAUAAAGAGAUUUAAUUUCCAACAGAGAUAGAACUGUAAGCCUCAGUCUGACGUGUACACUGAGAGAUGUUUAUCACCGUUUACUUGUAAGUGCUAGGUCUGGCAGGCUGCACCACUGCCAAGUUAUAUGGCAGGCUGAUGCAAGGAACCACAAGACAGACUACAUAAAUUUUGAUGUUCAUAGGGCCGUGCAGAAUGAGUUGGCAAGGUCUACUUAUACAAGGAAGCGACCACUGUCACAGGCCCGUCUAGCUCAGUCGGUAGAGCGCAAGGCUCUUAACCUUGUGGUCGUGGGUUCGAGCCCCACGGUGGGCGUUUUUUUUUAAUUUGUUGAAUUUACUGCUAUUCCUGCUUUCAUGUUCUUGCAUGCCGUCUUUAUGAAGAAUGUUGGGCAUAAUAGUUUUGUAUAUCUUAUAUUUGGAUCACAAAGCCUUAGAACUAUGUUGUGUGGAUGUAGCCUUCCAAGAUUUUUGUAUGAAACAAACAGUAACUGGUUCAUUUCAGUUUCUAGACUUUCAGUGAAUCAACAUUCUAACAA